GAGGGAUUGUCGGUCGAUUGAGGGAUUAGAAGGAAAGGAAAAGCACCGCAAACUUCAAGGUAUCAAGGAUGACCUCAUACCCAGAUAGCCACGUCUUUUCACAAGGAGGCGACUUGUCUCAACUCACUGGGGGCUUUACAUCACAAAAUGAUUCAGGCAUUUACGAGGAUGAGUUAGGCCAAAGGGACACUGAUUUGGUUGAACAGGAUGGAGCCAUGUCAUCGAGGGCUGAGGCCAUUUGUAAGGAAAACCGUAAAAUAAAUAGGUUUGUUGAACUUAAUUUGAAGCAGCUUGAAAUGAAGCGUAUAAAGUUGAUGAAAGAAGACAAAGAACUUGAAGCAGAGAAGACAAAACUUUUGGAAAUUCAAAAGCGCCAAAGUGAUCAAAGUAUAAAACUGCAAAUGGAUGAGGAGGAGUGCAGCCUAACAUAUAUGAAUGUGCUAAAGGAAAGAAAUAAAGUUGUGGAAAAAUUAAAGCAAGUUGAAGAAUUUAUUAAUGUGUAUGAGCAAAAUGUGGUGAAGGGGAAAACUCUUGGAGAAAGCAUAGAAGAAAGCAAACAAUGGCUUGAAUCCGAGUUUGACCAAAUAAAGAAAAAAUCUAAAGCUGUCCAAGACAAAAUCACAAGGAGUAAACUAUCAUGUUUAGCCUUGUUGGAUGAAAAAGCUAAAAAAUGUAAGGAACUAAAAGAUGUUAUGGUAAAGGACAGAGAAGAUAUGGUGAGCGAAAUUCAAAGCUUAGCAUUUAAAAAUGAGGAAAUGCUUGUUAAAUGUAAAGAUAUUCAGGAAAAAAUUGAGAAAAUGAAACAAAACAAAAUUCAUUUGAUAGAAUCCUACAACUCAUCCCUCAAGGAACAUAAACAGCUUAAUGAAGGUGUAUCAAUGAUAUAUCAAGAGUUAAAUGAGUCAAAGAAAGUCAACGCUUCCCGUAUUCAGCAGUUAAAACUCAAGAUAAACACAGAAGAAAAUAUAAACUGCAAUCUUAAAAUCAGAUUGGAGGAAAAAAAGGAUUCGAUGCAUGGUUUGACAUCAAAAAGGAAUGAGCUGACUAAUUUGUCAAAGCAGCUGAAAGAAACUGUAGAGGAAGCUGAUAAACGUGUUGAGAAAAAAGUUAGGGAGAUUAAAAUGUAUGAAGACAAGAAACCAGUUCUUUGUGAUCAAGCAAGAACUUUACGUGAAACGUUGAAGAGAUAUGAAAAUGUUGAAACUAAAAAUGAACAUUACAAGAAAAGUAUUUUGUAUUUAGAGGAAGAUAUUAAACUUAACAUCAGCAAAUUGACCGAGAAAGAAAAUAAUGUUUGUGAGCUUAAAAAGGAGAUGAAAGCUUUAGAGGAUAAAUUAAAUAUAUUGAAAGAGAACAAUUCUGAUGUUGAGAAAAAAAUUGAAAAUCUCGAAUUGACCAAGAAAAAUAUUUUGGUUCGAGUAGAAGAAAAUAAAGUUUUGUGUAAGCAAGAAAGAGAGAGCAAGCUUAAGGAAAAUGAAUCUCUAAAACAAAUCAAUGAAGACUUGUCUACUGAAAUAGAGCAGCACACAUUGCAACUUAAAGAACUACACAGUUUUAAUGAAAAUUCUAAAGUGAAAGAGGAAGAAAUCAAACAACUAAUCGAAAGCUGUAAGGAAACUGUGAGAAUAAAUGAAGACAAGUUACUAAAGAGCGAAGAAGACCAGAUUAAGACAGUUGAAGAAUAUAUAAGAACAAUAGAUGCAAUGAAAGCUCACUUAGAAAAGCAUGACUUUUUUAUUGUAGAAGGAAAGCCCAUGCAGGAAGAACUCAUGGAAAUGCUAGAGAAGAAACAGUUUGUGGAACAGUCAAUCAAACUUCUUGAUGAAACUCAUAAUCAGAAGAUAAAUAAUAUGAAAAAUAACCACAUGGCAAAAAUGCAGGAAAUGGAUAGUGAAAUGGAAAAACACUCAUCCAUAAUGAAAGACAUCCAAAAAGGGCAAGAGGAAUCAACUAAUAAGCUGAAAGAAGAAUUAAAGGUAGAAGAAAAAGUUAAAACCGACCAUGAAAAUGAAUUACGAGGUCUUAAAAAACAACUGAAGACCUUAAAGAAUGAGGAGCUUAUGAAACGAAGUAAAAUAGUUAAAAUGGAGAAAAGACAGCAAGCAAUAAUUCAAGAAAUUAACGUCACUCGUGAGGAUAUUGCCCAAGCUGUUGCUGGAAAAUCUCAGGACAGCACCAGAAAGUGGGUGGAGUCUGUGCCUCAGGAUGAGUUUGAGUUCAGCGAAGUUUAAAGAGUGUUUAGUUACAACUGAGAUAGUGUUAUUUAGAAUAAGAAUAAUGUCAUGGGGUUUUUUCAAACAAAGUGCCUUUUUGCAUGGAUGUUGAUAUAUAAUUAAUAGAUUUAUGGGUUUAUAAGACAUUAAGAGAAGUUUCACUAGUUUAAAUUAAAAUAUAGUCUAACGUCUUAAAACUAAGAAGUGUUAUCAUAACAUUUGUUUUUGUAUUCUUUUUUGUAAGAUUAGUUAUGUAAGACUAUUUAUUUGUCAUUCUAGUAAUGGAUUUGAGGGAAAUCUAUAAUAACGUCAUGCAUGGGGUUUUUUUCAAGCAAAGUGCCUUUUUUUGCAUGGAUGUUGAUAAAUAACUAAUAGAUUUUUGGGUUUGAAAUAAGACAUUAAGAGAAGUUUCACUAGUUUAAUUUAAAAUAUAGUCUAAUAUCUUAAAACUAAGAAGUGUUAUCAUACAAUUUGUUUUUGUUUUCUCUUUUGUAAGAUUAGUUAUGUAAGACUAUUUAUAUAUCAUUCUAGCAAUGGA